AUGCCACACCUCAACACCUCGGCCUACGAAGUUCCAACAAUAAACAUCCCAACCUACGACUCCGGAGUCACGCCUCACAUCAUGGCCGAAGAAGGUGGCCACGCACCCACGGGCGGCAGCAACCAUAAUCCCGCCAGCGACAAUCAGCACCACCAGGACUUCACCAUCAGGCCGCGCAUGACCGACUUCAACACGGAUGAGGUGCGCGACACAAUGUCUCCCACUGGUCCCAUGACCCCCAACCCGUUUAGCAGAAAGAACACUAGCAUCGACAUUGACGACUACUUCACCGGCCCUCGCGACAUCCUCAAGCACUCCAAAUGGCCUCUCUUCAUGCAAAUGCACGGCAGCAUCUUGCCCAAGAUGAUUGUUCCCCUGAUCUGGAUGUCUCUGUGGUCUGCCGCUAUCACCGUCAUCGACAAGUACCGCACCACGAUGGGUGUUGACUCUGUCCUGCUGACCGUUCUGGGUUUCGUCGUCGGUUUGUGUCUUUCCUUCCGUAAUUCUACCGCCUAUGAACGUUACGCCGAGGGUCGUCGCUACUGGGCCCAGCUCAUUCUCGCGACUCAGAGUCUUGGCCGUGUCUUCUGGAUUCACGGUACGGACAAUGUCGCCAUCGACCCCAGACAAUCGCUACUCCGCAAGGUCGGCUGCAUGAACCUGCUCCUGGCCUUUACCGUCUCCCUCAAGCACAAGCUCCGCUUCGAGCCCUACACCCAGUACGAGGACCUUGAGCACCUUGUCUCUCACCUGACGACCUUUGCGCAAGAAGCUACUGCUGCCGAACCCGACAAGAUGAUCUUGAAGAAGAAGAACUUCUUCAAGGAGACUGGUGAAUACCUUGGUGUCUCAUUUGCCGCCAGCAACCCUCGCAAGACCAUCAAGAAGGCCUCCCGCCCCCUCGGAAAUCUGCCUCUCGAGAUUCUCAGCCAUAUCUCUUGCCUCGUCGACAAAAUGGUCGAGGACGGCCAGCUCAAGGUCCCCAUGCAACAGACCCUUGCCUACAACAAUGUCGCCCUCCUCAACGACAUCAUGACUGGAACCGAGCGUGUUCUGACCACCCCUCUUCCCAUCGCAUACGCCAUUGCUAUUAGCCAAAUUACCUGGGUUUACGUCAUGCUCCUCCCCUUCCAGCUGAUUGACAAGCUCGGCUGGAUCACAAUUCCUGCUGCCGUCGCCGCGUCUUACAUCAUUCUCGGUAUCCUCUUCAUCGGCCGCGAAAUUGAGAACCCCUUUGGCGAGGACGUCAACGACUUGCCUCUCGAGGUCUACUGCGAACAAGUUGCUUCGGAGCUCGACAUCAUUGCCUCAUUCGAGAAGAGCGACCCGUACCGUUUCAUGGAGUCUUCCCACAAUCUGCCCUUGUUCCCCGCCAGCAUGGCUCCUUACCACAUCUGGAUGGGCCGGUCCGAGAACCGCGUCCGCGAGGCCAUCAAGUCCAAGCACAACACCGUCUUUGAAUUCCGUAAGAAGGUUAUUCUCGAAAAGGUCGCAUCGAGGGCUGGCCAUACGGCGGAAAAGAAACCCAGCAGCGAAGGCACCACCACUAUUAACGGCGACCACAACGUCUAA